GAGUGGUGCAAGACUCUCCAGCAGAUAUCAUCCUAGGAAUGAACUUUAUGUACAAAUACAAUGCAGUAGUAGAUAUGAAAGGAAGGCAAUUUGCUCUACAAAAUGACCAGACAGGACAGUUAGUCAUUGUACCCUUGGAAAUGGGAGGACCAAUCUACUAUAAUCCAGCAGGUGUCAAUAAAGGGCCAAAGAGUUAUACAUGCAUACAAGGAUUUAUGCCAGAGAAUGAUGUUCAACCAUGUGAAAAGUGUAAGGAUAAGGCAGAUGAAAAUGACAGAUUUGAGUCAGUAAGGUCCAGUUUUAUCAGAGAAAAGAAAGCAGUCCAUGCAAAUUCUUGGAAGAAGGAUAGUGAUGCAGUAGAUAGAGCUUAUGAAUUGUAUCUGAAAGGAGCCCAGUUGAAGCCCAAUAGUCAGGCGGUGAAGGGAAAUAUCACCUUAGGAGAAUUAGGUGAUGAUUGGACCCAAUAUCAUCCUGAGUGGAGACCAACGAAGGUUAAGUGA